UGUAGCGCAUUGCCAGCGCCCUUCCUCCGUGGCCAGCGCAACGCCGCGCCACACAAUUUCAAUCGAAAACAAACAUGGCAACCGUAGCAGUGCGACGCAAUGAAGCCCUACUGACUUCGCAUCGCAUGACGUGCCCUUGCACUUGUAGAUAAUGUAGCGCAUGUGUUCGAGGGAGGAACUUUACGAAUUAUUGACAAUGUCGAGCGAGAAGCGGAUGGAUCGUGCACUUUGACAAGAAAUGGGAAACGUGUUUGUGGGCAGCGGUGAUUCCCUCAAAGAGAUUGCACUGACCCAUUUCAGCACUCUGCGUUUUUCCAAGAGGAAGUUCACUACGACAAUCGAUCAUCUUCCAGAUUAUGUUCUCCUCAACAUCUUCAAUUAUCUUGACUUCUUGGAGCUAUGUGUUAUUGGCCUGGUGUGCCGCAAGUGGUACGCGCUGUCACGGGACCGCACCCUGCAUCGACGUGUGGACCUGUCGCACGUGCAGCUGACCCCCAAACAACUGAAACUGCUGCUCCAGAUGCGUGCCAUGCCACCUGCUGUUGAGGAGCUGCGUGUAUUUGGCGAUCACCACUGUCUCUGGGCGUGUAGCGUGUCGCCGCGUGCCCUGCGGCGUAUUCAGAGUCGCUGCCCACGCCUCCGCCGCUUGCGCAUCCACAAUUUCAGUUUCCGUUCUUCGUCGCGCGACAAGUGUGUGCGCUUAGCCGACUUUCCCGAUACUCUAGAGCACCUUUCUUUGCGUGGAUCUAUUGUCGGCAGGUCAUCGUUCUUCAAGGCUAGUCGGCAGGGCCAAAAUCUUUCGCGGCUGCAGGUGCUCGAUUUGGGUCGCUGCUUUUUCGUCGCUGAUGCAGAAGCCAAGCCUUGGCCCUGGCUUCCUAGCCUUACACAGCUGUACCUUGAGGGCUGCCCGUUUUUGGAUAGCACUGGAUAUUUUCAGGAUAUGCUGCGCAAGUUGUCUAAGCUAACAUUGCUUGAUGUGGAAGGGACAUAUAUUGCCGAGAACGCUCUGGAAAUAGUUGCGUCUCAUUGCUCUCUGUUGGAACACCUAUACGUGGGGUGCACAGCAACGAAGGAUAGCUCACUAGCCUCCAUGGGCAACUUUGGUGGCAUGACCAAGUUGCAGUCAAUCUGUUUGGUGCAGACCCAGGUGACAGAUGUGGGUUUGCUGCACCUGGCACGAGUAGCACCUGAGCUAAAAGUGAUAAUGCUCGAGAUAGACCAGGGAAUCUCGGACCAGGGCAUAGCUGAACUUUGUGACAGGCUGCCUAGUGUAGCUGUCCGGAUUGGCGAAUGCAUUGGCCUUGUGUCAGCUGUUUUUCGACAUGAAGGUUGUGGCCAUUAUGAGCUGCAGUAUGUUGACAGUACUACGUGACCGGCUUCUUCAGGCUCAGCAUUCAUCUCACUCCAUGCAGAACAGAUUAUAACAUUUACUUCACUGUUCUCAAAUUCAUCACGCUGCAUUAAGCAUCAUACGAUAGCAAAAGCAUGAUGUGCAAUAUUUAUAGCAUACUUUAAUUGCUGUUGCUUGUAUGGCAGGAUUUUCUAUACUUUCCUCGAAGUGCUCUUAACAAUGUAGAGCUUAAAUGGAUGCAUAGGAAAGGAGCAUUUUAUGCCUUUACUACAAAGGUUAUCAUAUUAGAAUAAUUGGUAGUGGCUAUAGUUGGGAACUACAUGUUUUGUUUUGUAUGGCUUCAAACAUGGUGCAAUGAGAUGUUGGUCUGAUAUUUAGGCUGUGUUGGAUUUAUCUGUGAAAGCUUCGAUUUUAUUUCAAGAGUGGGGUUUAAUUCAAUUCUAGUUCUACUCACUGUACGUGUGUAAGUUUAGAUGCAUUUUUGUGUUUGUUAAAUGAUUUAUCCAGCCAAACAAGUUUCACAUGCGAUAUCAUUUGGUAGGGCUGCUAAUUUGAAGCUGCUGGUUUAUGUAAAGUAGCAUGAUGAACACUUUCUUUCCACUUGUCACAAUCUGUAUCUGUCUGCCGGAAUGUUUAUUCCUGUGCUUGAACCACUGUCUCAUUCUUCAUGCAUCAAAACACGUGCAUGCACAUAGCAUCUGUGAUCUUUCAUGCUACAUUUCUUACAUGUCAUGCAUCUUGGUUUGCAAAUGAUGCACUUGCAUUUUUAUACUGCCUGUUUGUACAGUAAUGCUAUAAUUAAUUUUUCCAUUGAACUUCACACUGCUUGUGAUUGCUUGUAGUGCUUUUGAGGCACUGAUGUAAUUCUUUGCUUUUAAUAUUUCUAAAAUAUACUUCACUUUACUGUAACAUGCUCAAUGGUAUUGUUAUCUUGUUGUAAGAAUACUAACAUGUAAGAUGUUGGUCAUGAACACGGCAGGAUUUAUGUUGGUGGAACCACCAAACACUAGCAACAUUUUAGCCACCUCACCUACUCUUUCCUAUGAUAUUAUGGGAUGACGAAGUUUCUGCACAACAAAAGCUGCCAUACAAUGUUUAUCCCAAAUUUCGUGACUUGGUUCUUGUGAUGUAAAAGAUCAACUCAUGAUUUCACUGUCAUUGUAGCAGUGUUUAAACUCAUAUUGACUAGUACUACCAUGUAGUGAUCACAGCUUCUUCAUUAAUGUUCUAGUACACUGACUUGUCUCAUCUCCAUUUCUGGCAGUCUAUACACUUCAUAAUUUCGAAAAUUCCCCCUAGGCAACGAGAGAGGUACAUUUGACAGCAUCUGUUAAAAAACUCGCAUUAUCACUUCCUUUUACUGUUUGACAUUUAGACAUUGCCCGCAGCCUAUUUAUUAUUGCCUAUUUAUUACAGCAUUUGUAGUGUUUAUUAUUGCAGUUUGUCAGCAAGAGGGUAGCUACUAGAUAUUUGUUUUGUAAGUUAUCUAUUGUGUGAUCAUAUAUUUUUCAUGUGUGGUGCCUGCUGCAUUUUUAGAUGGUAUUGAGUUAUUUAUUGCAAUGACAAUAAAUGGGAUGUAACUUAA